AUGGCAGACUUGAGCAGCCUCCCAAGAGAUUUUCUCGUCACGUCUAUACAAUUUACACAGAAUGCCCAUCACGACGCGUAUCCAGCCAUUGAUCUCAGCCUCCCGGAGCACAGCUUAUUCGGCAAAGUUACUACCAUCACUGGCGCUUCACGAGGAAUCAGAACCCUGGCAAUGGUACCGGCUUUUGUCAAAGCCGGUGUGAAGGGCAUUGUACCGUUAGCUACCAACGCGUCCAAGCUCGCGAAUACAGAGCAGUCGAUUAAAGAAGCCAAUUCUAAUAUCGAAACACUCACCUGCGCCCUCGACAUGUCCCACCCUAGCGCGGUGGAGACUGCUUUUAAACAGAUCAAACACAAGUUUGGACAUGCGGAUGAGGUCCACGGAAAAGGAAACUAUCUCGUGAUUCGCUCCUUUCUGGGCCUGCUGCCCAAUGCAGACACGCCCGCUACAAUUGUCAAUCCGAGCUCAUGGCAAUCCUUCUUCACGGUCCCGCCCCUGGGCGCUUACUCGAUGAGCAAGCUCCUUUUGGAUGCGCUGGCCGCGUACGUUGCGGCUGAGUACCCAAACGUAAACGCCGUAUCCAUGCAUCCGGGCCUGGUAGCCACGGAUAUGCUGCGUGAGCCAUUCGGAUGCCUCUUCAACAUCGACAGCCCAGCCCUCGUUGGCGGAACCACCGUCUGGCUGUGUCAAGCCAAGGCUCGGUUUCUCAGCGGCCGCUUCAUCGCUGCAAACUGGGGUGUGCAGAAUCUGUUGAGCCGCAGGCACGAGAUUGUCGAAAAGGACUUGCUCAAACUGACUUUGCAGGGUGACUUUGGCGUCUAG